AGCUCCUCUUCCACUUUCUAGAUGAAUAUAAAUACAUGCAUCCUCUCGUCAUAGAUUACAUGAUUUCAGUUCUAGUUUAUUGACUUUCCAAUUAUCAACUAAUUUAUAUAUAAAACGAAAUCAUCCUUUCAAGAAAGGUAUUAAUUUGCUUUUUGGGAACGUUUACAUAAACACGAGAUUUGGAUUAUCGAUGUCGUCUGCUUAAGAAACACCUUUGUUCAUACGUUGAUUAUAUCAGCUACCCCACAACCAGUUGAAGCUUAUUCAUCCGAUCAAUAUAAUGAAGGCUGCCGGAAAAUUAUAUACCUUUCCUUGGAAAAUAGAAAUGAGAUUGAGCAGAAUAUGGCUUGUAAUGCUGUUGCUUUUGGUUUCAAACCUGUCUCGUAUUCAAGGGCAAACCCCAGAGACCACGCUACCAGAAAAUGGAACAGAAAUAAGAUUAGCAGAUGACACAGUAAGACCCGAUCCUUUGGAAAGCCUCAAAAAAUACAGGGGAGGAUAUGAUAUCACUAACGUCCAUUAUUGGAGCUCAACUGCUUACACAGGAAUAUCAGGAUACGUACUUGGGGCUCUAUGGCUCUUAUGCGGCGUCGUAUUUGUAAUAUUCCUUGUGGCAACCACUUGUUGCAAAAGAAACAGUAAACUCAAGAAACACAAGACCCCACCAUCAUCCCACAAGCAAUAUUACCUAUGGCACAUACUUCCCGCAGCCUUCUUCACCCUUUUAGCCAUAGUAGGAACAGGGUUAGUACUUGGAGGAAAUGCCAAAUUCCAUUCUAGGGCAGAUAAGAUUAUUGAUAUCAUUAUCGAUACAGCCGAUGAUGCAUCUGAGACAAUAUAUAAUACAACGGAAGCAAUGAAGAUGACACGUACAAAUCUACAAGGAACGAAUGUUGAAGCAAGUACAAUACGCUUCCUCGACUCCACUUCUAGGCAACUUGACUCGACAGCCGAUGAUAUACAACGGCAAGCUAGAAAGAAUCGGCGCAAGAUUGAUCUAGGCCUUCGCAUACUGUAUAUUGUAAGCACCGUUAUUUUCGCGCUUAACUUGAUUGCGGUUAUUGCCUUAACAUCCGUUGGGGUUGUGAAAAUAAGACGAGCUCUUCACAUAUUGAUAGUUUUGUGCUGGUUAAUCACUGUUCUAUGUUGGGUAUUCUUCGGCGCUUACUUCUUUCUAUCAAGAUUUGGGGGUGAUACAUGCACUGCACUUGAGGGAUUCCAACAAGAUCCUUACAACAACAGCUUGAGCUCAAUCCUUCCAUGUGAUGAAUUGCUUUCAGCCGAAUCAGUACUUAAUGUUGUGAGUGCUGGCGUUUACAACCUCGUGAACCAGGUGAAUGCGAACAUAACUCGAAUGCAAAGAGAUUCUUCUUUUGGAGUAUGCAAUCCGUUUUCAGGGCCACCUGAGUAUAAUUACCAACCAAAUAACUGCUCCGAAAACGACAUCAAGAUAGGAGACAUCCCUGAGCUGUUGAGGCUGCUUACAUGUGUUGAUCCUGUGGACGGAGUCUGCAAUGGAGGGAUUCCUAUAUCAGGCAACGACUUUAGGACAGCAGUGGGUUAUGCAUCUUCCAUUCAAAUACUCUUAAAUUCCUAUCCAGGAAUGGAAAGCCUCCUUCAUUGUCAAACAGUGAAGGAUGCAUUUUCAGAAAUCCUUGAGAACCAUUGCAAACCGUUAAAGAGAGAAGUAAAGAUCGUAUGGGCAGGAUUGGUGUUUCUAUCAAUUGUAAUGGUGUUUUUAGUUCUUACAUGGACCUUUGAGGCAUACCAUGAACACAACCAUCGGUUUUCAGAUGGAUCGGUGAAGCCUCAUCAUGUAGAUGACACGAUAGAAUCUGGUAUGGUAGAUGAUAACACACAAAAAACAUAGUGUAAAUAGAAAUUAAUUGAAUAUUUGAAGGUGAGCAUGCAUCCUUGAAAGCUAUGGUGAUCAAGAGAUGAUGAAGGGAGUACUUUUUGAAAGAACAUGAUAGGAGAUAUGGAAUGCACAACAACAAACAGAAAAUAUAAAAAUUUUAGCAAGGAAUUUAGGUUUGUUUGACAGAUCAUUUGUUUCUUCUUUAGUUUAUUACGGGGACAAACCCCACAUAUACCAUGUAAUGAUGUGUUACUAGUAUUUUUUUCAUUAUAAAAUAUCUCUAAGAGAUGUAACCUCCUUCGUAACA